AUGGAGACGUCAGCAGGGACGGCGGGGACGGGGCUGUCGAAGGCGGCGGCGGGCCCGCAUCCCUGCGCCAGCUGCGGCAAGAAGAUCACGGACCGGUACCUCCUCAAGGCCAUGGACCUGUACUGGCACGAGGACUGCCUCAAGUGCGGAUGCUGCGACUGCCGACUCGGCGAGGUCGGCUCCAGCCUCUACACCAAAGCCAACCUCAUUCUCUGCAAGAGGGAUUACCUC